AUGGGCAGGCUUGGUCCUUUGACCUCCCAGGCUUUAGGCCGCUCUCCUUACGACGAUGUCGUCCAGGGCGAAGGGGAGUCAGAUCCUCGGGCGCCGUUGCAGAUGUAUGAUGAACGGGGCCGUCCUGUGAACCCUGAGACCAAGCAGAUCAACAAGGAUGUCAUUCGCUCCCACAACGAAGUUAUGCUGGUUAUCGGAGUUGCGGAGCCAGAGAACGGCAUCACGGAAUCUCAAGCAGAGGCGGCUCGGAAACACCAGCAGUACGAAGAGGACAUCGGCCAUACCCUUCUCAAAGUUGGCCGUGUGGUCGAGGCAGCAGGAGCAUGGGGCGUUAACGGCGUAAGGCAUCGCAUACUACUGUAUAAACGUUAUGCCCAUGUCCCAUUCUAUCAACUUCUCCAGUAUGAACGCAGCCAGCGGUCGCUAAGCGCCCAUCUGUUCGCCGGAUUUCCGUGUUUUCUGGCGAAAAGCUGGCUUAAAAGAUAUUAUCCGUCUUCCUUAUUCAAGGAUAACCUGUGGGUGCGAGCGGCUUCCAGUUGGGUUCGGCUACAUUUAGGAGUCUUUGCCGUCCUGCAGCAGACGGGCGUCAUUUCGUCGAGCCAGUGGCUUCCGAGCCCAAGCUUCUUCAUCCCCUGCUCUGCAGCAUCUCCAAUACCGGCCCCUCCGCCGAUAACAUCGUUCACACCCAGUGAGCUAUUAAGAUGGACCGGGACCUUGGCAUUAAAUGCUGCACCUCUCGCAGCGGUCUACUUUUCCCAGGGUGUCUGGAAUGCAGUCAGAGCAACGGUCUGGUUGUCCAUACGUCUCCUUGUGCCGCAACCACAUAAUAUCGUGAAACGCUCCCAGUCAAGGGCGGCCGAGACAACCCAGACCCCCGAAACCCCUAGACCGUCGACGCCUACCCCCGCUGUAGUUGGCGAGCAGCCGCGAAACGGCCGCGACAUCUCCCGGGAUGAGAUGACCUUCCGGGCCCUAGAAGGCCAACAACCCCCAACCGACCCAGUUGCCGUCGGCGCAGUCCGGCGCCAGAGCACAUUCUCUGCGCGCGCGGAUGAGUACCCGAGCGAUGACGAUGAGACCGAGGUCGUCACCGCGACUCUCAUCAGUUUCGAUGUCGAGGCUAGUGAAUCGACCGAUGUCCCGCCCGGAGUAUGGUCUGCCGAGCUCCGGCCUAACGUGUCCGAGGGGCGGUCGCAGUCGGGCCAGGAGCCUGUCUACCGCGAAAACGUCCUGACGAGGUUACCGGCGGUGCUCGCCGCGGACGUGCUCACGGCCUUGCCAGUGCGGAUCAUCACGGCGCCUUCCGAGGCGAUUGUCUGGAGGUAUUUCGUGAGGUCGUUCCUCGCGCGCCGAGGUCUCGGGCUCGAGGGCAUCUACGGGCUCACCUUCCUGGAUAGCUUGUCAUGGACGGCGGCUGCUAACUUCUUGGGCCUGGAGCUCAUACACCUGUUUGUGGAAGGCGAGAUCUGGGCCGUGAUGACGAUGGUGGCUCAGCAUUAUCGAAUGUCGGAGGACGAGUGGAACGAGCAACACCCCGAAGACUCGAAUCCUGCUACUGAAUAG